AUGAUGGAAAAAGGCUUUACUUGUAACAGUUUCGACUUUUGUCAAGAUGACACCGUUUCAUGUAAGCUCAGCAAACUCUAUUCACAAGAUGGAAAGAAAUUAAACAGUGGCAAGUCCUGUGACCAUUAUUCACGAGUUGUUGCCGGCGGAAAGCGUCCAUUGGAACCUCUUAUUGCAAUUGGACUUUUGAAAGAUGCUGUUGCCAGUGGAACCUUCAAGGUCACUUUGAAUACAUAUUGUCCACAAAUUAACGAAUGUUCUUUAAGUAAAGUUCAUAAGAUGGACAUACCCGAUAGAGAGAUCCAAGGCAACAUAAUGUGUGAUAUUUAUUUCCGUAAAUACAUUGACGACUUCACAGCAUCGAAAGGUAAACGUAUCGCCCUUGUCAACGAUCAGAUUUUGACAGAUAUUUCUGAGGAACAAUGUGCCAAAGCUUGCAUGGAAGAAGAAAAAUUUAACUGUGCCAGUUUCGAUUACUGCACCAACAAAACUGAAUGUCGCUUAACCAACCACGACACACUACACAGCGGCCAUGUGACAAUGGAAUUGAAUGCUUUUUGUACUCAUUUUAGACAAAUUGUUCAUUCAUUCUAUUCGCAUUUAUCUUAUUCACACUGUCAUUCUCUUUCGACUUAUGGUCUUGUUUCUUUGUAUCUUUUCAGCCCACUUGGCAGCCGUUGCUUUGAGUGCCUUAUUUUCAAGUUUCUUGUUCGGGACGCUUUUUAUGACACUCUAUCUCCGCCGAAAGCCGACUGUCUCAAUUUAAGCAAGGGCAUAUCUUCCAUCUGCGAUGUUGCCAUUGACGACAUGGAUAAAUGA